AAUUUUUGGCAGUCGAAAUUUUCGACGAUGCGGUCUGUUCAGCUCGCCUUCGCAUGGGCGUGCUCUGGCGCCUUGAUGACACGCGCCGCGCCAUUCGUGGACUACGAAGCUCUUCGCGGCGCGACGCCGGCGAGCGACCGCCUGAACAUGCUUGGGGGGCAACGUGAUGAAGGGUUAGUGGCGACUUUUGAAUUCGAGGAUCUGCUGUCGUACUCAUACGAGUAUGGCGAGGCGAGCAGAACCGUCGCGGAGGAAGACCGAUGCCCCAAGACAAGGAAGCAGAAAGAGGAGUGCUUGAAUGCGAAUAACAAGGACGAAGAUGAAUGCAGCAACUUGAUCGAGGCACACGAGCGAUGCAUGAGGCUAGAGCGGCUCAAGAUCGCUUCCUCGGCGGACGGCGGUUUUGGCGUUGAUUUCAAUCUCGGGAAUAUGAAUUUUGGGCCGGACAGUGACUUAGGUUUGAGCAACUCUGGUCGUCGGGAUGGGUACUACGUGAACGCCGCGUCCUUCCAGGGGUUUACGGACUUAGGCUUUCUGGGGGCAUCUGUGGCACCGGCCGGCGACGUUGAUGGUGAUGGUGUGGACGAUAUCAUCAUUGGUGCUCCGGGGGUGCGACAUGUCUACGUACUCUUUGGUUCAAGUGAAUAUGACUCCUCCGCUCGUCGUCGCCGGCUACAGUCAAAAUAUCCGCCGUGGGCUGAUCAGAAAUCAAAUGUUGGAACCUUUGAGACCGCUAUCAACGCAUUGGGAGAAAAUGCAUUCAUGAUCCUCCGAGAGGAUAAUACCGAUCAGGAAGACAGUGCAUUUGGCUCGCAAGUCACGACGGCCGGUGAUGUGAACGGAGAUGGUUUCGAUGAUAUCUUAAUUGGGGCCUCGGGAGAUGGUGUGGGUUCUUCCUUGGUUUCGCAAGGGCGGGUCUACGUUUUCUUUGGCGGAGAUCGAACAACUUUGACGGGCCACGGCGCCUGGGAUCUCACUAGCUCCGGGCACACAGGAUUUCCGAUCGAGCGUGGGUUUCGCAUAGAAGGCGAUGCAAAUUUUCGAGGCGUCGGUCAAUCUAUUUCGGGUGGCUUUGACCUCAACGACGAUGGUUUUGAUGACUUCCUCAUUGGCGUGGAGACCGACUCCAAAAAUGGCCACGUGGACGACGUGGGCGAAGCUGUUUUAGUCUACGGAACCAACGAAUUCGACCGGUCGAUCCUACCACUCCAAAAUCUUGCUGGUAAGGGCGGGUCGAUGAACCCACGGGGUGUAAUUCUUGCACUGAAGAAUAAAGAUGGUGCCGGUAAGAAAGCCCUGCUGGGUCUCGAGAUGGCGGCACUCGAUGACGUGAAUGGUGAUGGUCAUGACGAUAUCGCAGUGGGCGCUCCCCAGUACGGAGAUGGCGGUGCGGCGUUUGUGAUAUUUGGGGGUAUUCAAUACCACGGCACUUUAUUUCUAGACGAAAUGGAUGGCUCCGACGGGUUUGGCAUACUUGGUGCCAAAAAGGGCGAUCUUUGUGGUGGUGAUGUUAAAAAGGCUGGCGACUUCAAUGGUGACGGCUACGGAGACAUCAUUGUUGGCGCGGCAGGCUUUGAACAUCGUCGGGGUGCUGCUUACAUAGUGCUGGGCCGCAAGCACUUCGGCCCAACUGUCCGGGCUGACAUCUCCUUUCGUGGCGAUGUUGCUAAGGACAUGGCUGGCUACUCCGUCUCCAGCGCAGGUGAUGUAGACGGUGACGGCCUCGACGAUGUGCUCAUCGGGGCCUUUACUUCAUCUCCCCAAGCGCGCGAAAUGGCUGGUACCGUCUAUUGUGUGCUUGGAGGGUCCAAGAAAAAGGGAACCUUUGAUCUUUCUGAUCUUAACGGUUUCGAUGGCUUUACCAUGUAUGGCGAACACUCUGGCGACGGUGCUGGCUUCGAUGUUGCCGCGGCCGCCGAUUUCAACAAUGACGGUAUAGAUGAUAUCAUAGUUUCAUCGGUAUUCCAGAAGGGUUCUGCCUCUAACAAGGGAGGCAAUGCCUACGUCAUAUUUGGCCAACAUUUUAAUUCCAAGGCACCCACAACAAUGCCCACUGGUCCAUCUGCAAUGCCCACGCCCGCUCCUUCGCGUCCGACCUACUCUCUGGGCAACGAAAAGCUCCCCUUUCCCUCUAAAGUUGCCCUGAGCUCCAUACAAGGGAUGUCAGCGGGUUCUAUCUUGCGCGGAGAAGAAACGCUCCCCUCUAUAGCAUUCAUUGGUGACGUUGACUUUGAUGGUAUUGAUGACUUCGUCGCGGCCGCCGAUGGCAAAGCUUACCUGAUUUACGGCGCUGCCAACGAUGAUAUUUUUGCGGGCGAUCUCAACUCUAUCACCACACAGACUUCUGGCAACUUCGUCGGUGCAGCCAUAGAAGCCCCCUGUAGUAUACAAGUCGUUGCAUCAGCGGGAGACUUCAAUCUUGAUGGCCAUGACGACAUGGCGUUGGCCUGUCCGGCGGAUAAUGACAGCACGGGCACAGUUUUUGUAGUAUUUGGAGGUGAUGGGUUUCCGGAAACUAAUAUCAUUUCUCUAGAGAGCGACAUGAUGCUUGGUGUUGACUACAUCCAACUGCAAGGCGGGUCGAACGGCGACGGUUUUGGGUCAUCUCUCUCGACUCUUGAUUUCAACAAUGACGGCUAUGCCGAUGUAGUCAUCGGCGCCCCGCAGUCUAGUUGCGCCUAUGUAUAUUAUGGGAUGGCUUCGACGGCCUUAUCAGCUUCAAUUGUUGAUGCUACGACUUUUGGUCCGACCGAGGGAUUUCGCCUCACCCAUGACCAAUCUGACCUCGGAUCAUCGGUUGCCGGCAUCGGCGACAUCAACGACGAUGGCUAUGAUGAUGUGGCGGUUGGAGCACCUGCUGCUGCUACUGUCUGUGUUGUUUUUGGUAACGAGUAUAUGCGCAAUGAUGAUGCCCCCGCUGAAUAUAAGUGCGACGAUCUCGAUCCAGACUCCGAUAACAGUCCAGGCUUCAUGACGUUCACCUCAUCUGAGGGGGGAGAUAAAGACAGCGAGGAGCGUUAUAUUGGUGUUGCUGUUUCCGCAGCUGGUGACGUCAAUGGCGACUCCUAUGCUGACUUCCUCGUCGGAGCUCCUGGCGUUGACCAUGGCUCGGGCAUGGUAUACAUCAUGCUUGGCAAACCUGAUAACUGGAAGAAAAAGGAGAAUACAAAGAAGGCCAUGCCUAUCGUUUCAUCCCUACGACGAGGUGCGCUUGGUUCAGCUGUCGCAGGUGCCGGGGACAUAAAUAACGAUGGUCUUGACGACAUUCUUAUUGGUGCGUCCAACGGCCUUGACCGUACGGCUUCGGAGCCCGGCACCGCCUAUGUUGUUUUUGGUUCUGCUAGCCUGGUUCCGGCGCAUGCCAGUAUUGAUGUUCGCAUGUUGGAUGGCAGCGAUGGUUUUGCUCUUACUGGUACUAAUCUUGGAGCGCAGGCCGGUGCGGCUGUCGCUCUUGGCACAUUUGAUGUCAAUAAUGACGGCAUUGACGAUCUGAUGGUUGGCGAACCGGGCGCCCACCAGGCUUUCGUUUUAUUUGGCAUUUCUGUGGGUACAGUAGAUACCCACGAACCGUCCCAAAUGCCUACCACAGACACGUGGGUGCCGACGUCGUCGCCAAAACCUACGGGUGGCUUUCCUACGCCAAGGCCGACAAAGCAACCCACGCCAAGACCCACGCCAAUGCCCACUGGAGCCUUUCCCACGCCUAUGCCCACCAAGGACAUGCCCACACCAAGACCCUCAACUUCAACCCCUACCUCGCCAAUUAGCCCCACUGCUCCCACGGAUGGGGGGCCCACGGAUGGGGGGCCCACGGAUGGGGGGGGAUCGACCGGGUCGAGUUCAAGCAGCGAUUCCGGGUCGAGUUCAAGCAGCAAUUCGGGAGGGGGGGUCGACGCGGCUAGCGCCGGCAUCAUUGGUGGUGUUGUUGCCGGAGCUGCUGUUCUGUUCAUCUUGGCCAUGGUUGUCUACCGGAAUAAAUCAAGAGAUGAGCAGGCGUCACUGGCCGACGAUGUGGACAGAAUCACUAUUGAGGCAGAAGCUGCCCGACCGCAGCCAACACCGGUCGAUCAGGCAAGCAUGAGCUCUGGGGUCAAUGACAUGUCCAUGGUUGAAGCUCCAGCUUCCAUGGUGACUGACGUCCAAGAGAAAAUCAUCGAAGCUGACUUGUAG